UUAACCUUUCCCCCUCCAGAACACGCUGAGUGAGGAGAUUGCCAGCAUGAAGAAACUUCAGGAUGAGCUGCUGCUGAACAAGGAGCAGCUCCUGGCAGAGAUGGAGAGGAUGCAGAUGGAGAUUGACCAGCUGCGGGGGCGGCCGCCUUCCUCCUACUCCAGAUCCCUCCCGGGCAGCGCUCUGGAGCUCCGCUACUCCCAGGCCCCGACUCUGCCCUCGGGCGCCCACCUGGACCCCUAUGGCGGUCCCGGAGGCCGGGUCGGCAAGAGAGGGGGCCGCUGGCCCGGGACCAAGGACGAGCCGGCCAAGGCUCAAGAAUGGGCGGAGCGAGUGGCGGGCCGGGAACCUUCUUCGGGCUCCGGGGCCGGCUCCGGUGCCGGAGCCUUCGAGGCGGACUUGGAGGGCUCGGACGAGGACGAGCCCGAGGGCCUGUUCGGGCCCGAGCUGCUGUCGCCCAGCGGGCAGGCCGACGUGCAGACCCUGGCCAUCAUGUUGCAGGAGCAGCUCGAGGCCAUCAAUAAGGAAAUCAAGCUUAUCCAGGAGGAAAAGGAGACCACGGAGCAGCGGGCCGAGGAACUGGAGAGCCGCGUGUCCGGCUCUGGCCUGGACUCCCUGGGACGCUACCGGGCCAGCUGCUCCCUCCCGCCUUCCCUGACCACGUCCACCCUGGCUAGCCCUUCCCCCCCCAGCUCUGGGCACUCCACGCCCCGCCCUGCUCCCCCCAGUCCCGCCCGGGAAGCCCCGGCCAACAGCACCGGCAACGUGGCAGAUAAGCCCAACCAUGUGCCCAGGGAGGACGGUGUGGUCCCCGGGGACACUCCACCCCCCACCCCAAGAUCUGCUCGCCUUGAAAGGAUGACCCAGGCUCUAGCUCUGCAGGCCGGGGGCUCUCUGGAGGACGGGAGCCCUGCACGGCCCAGUGAGGGGGCCCCAGACUCCCUUCAUAAAGCCCCCAAGAAGAAGAGCAUCAAGUCUUCCAUCGGUCGCCUGUUUGGCAAGAAGGAGAAGGGCCGCCUGGGAGGCCCCCCGGGAAGAGAUGGGCCCUCCCUGGCUGGAACGCCCUCGGAUGAGAUGUCCCCUGCUGACCCUCUGGGGCUGUCAAAGCUCACAGGGCCUCCUGGAGAUAAGGACCGGAGGAACAAGAGGAAGCAUGAGCUCUUGGAGGAAGCCUGUCGACAGGGCCUGCCCUUUGCUGCCUGGGAUGGACCAACCGUUGUCUCCUGGUUGGAGUUGUGGGUAGGGAUGCCAGCCUGGUACGUGGCCGCCUGCCGAGCCAACGUGAAGAGUGGGGCCAUUAUGGCCAAUCUGUCUGACACGGAAAUCCAGCGGGAGAUUGGCAUCAGCAACCCCCUGCACCGGCUCAAGCUCCGACUUGCCAUCCAAGAGAUGGUGUCCCUCACCUCGCCCUCUGCGCCAGCCUCCUCCAGAACGGUGAGUCGGCCUUUGUGCCCACAGGGCCCCCCUCACCUGGCUCUCCAAGAGCGUGAGCUCAGCCCUCAGUCCUGGUCCCCUCAGAACUGGGCACAUAUCCUGGCCUACGGCGACAUGAACCACGAAUGGGUGGGAAACGACUGGCUGCCCAGCCUGGGGCUGCCCCAGUACCGCAGCUACUUCAUGGAGUCCUUAGUAGAUGCGCGCAUGCUGGACCAUCUCAACAAGAAAGAACUUCGGGGCCAGCUCAAGAUGGUAGACAGCUUCCACAGAGUGAGCCUCCACUACGGCAUCAUGUGUUUGAAGAGGCUCAACUAUGACCGUAAAGACUUGGAACGAAGGCGGGAGGAGAGCCAGAGUCACGUGAGAGACGUGAUGGUGUGGUCCAAUGAGCGGGUGAUGGGCUGGGUGUCAGGCCUGGGGCUGAAGGAGUUCGCCGGAAACUUGUCCGAGAGCGGCGUGCACGGGGCGCUGCUGGCCCUGGACGAGACCUUCGACUGCUCGGACUUGGCGCUGCUGCUGCAGAUCCCGACGCAGAACGCGCAGGCCCGGCAGCUGCUGGAGAAGGAGUUUGGCAACCUCAUCUCCAUGGGCACUGACCGGAGGCUGGACGAGGACAGCGCCAAGUCUUUCAGCCGAUCCCCGUCGUGGCGGAAGAUGUUCCGGGAGAAGGACUUGCGCGGGGUCAGCCCGGACUCGGCCGAGAUGCUGCCGCCCAACUUCCGCUCGGCGGCAGCCGGAGCCCUGGGCUCGCCGGGCCUCCCCCUGCGCAAGCUGCAGCCCGACGGCCCUCCUUCUGGGAGUCCGCGGGCAGAUGGCGGAGUCUCCGUUCGGACUUACUCCUGUUAGUGCUCAGCCAGGUGAGGGUGCCUUCGGGAGUCCCGGAGCCGCGGCUUUCCGAGCUUCCUGACCCGUCCUCCCCCCUCCUUCGGUACAGGUGGGCGCGCCAAGGAGAAGCCUCAGUAGGGGGAUAAAGGUCUGUCCCUUCAGGAGAAUGGACUCGCCCUCGGAAAGGACCGGGUUUGGAGAGACUAGAGGGGCUCUCUGGACUGAACCAUUUUGUACAGACCGGGAGGGAGAGGCGUCUCAGCCUCUGGCCAAUCCAAGUGAACUGGAUUUCGGGAAGGGAGGGGGCAGUUUGGAAUCUUCCUCCUCCCUUUUGCUACUUUGUAAUUUAUUUGUUUCCAGCGAGGGGGGAGGGGACGCAACCCCGCCUCCUCGGGGGCCGCAUGCUGGGGGCGGGGAGUGGCCCGACCCCGCUCCUUCCUUUCUACUCCCUCCCUCUCCCCUCAGACCCUGGGGCCCCAGUCCUCCCGGGCGCCCCACCGCGGGGGACUCGCUGCUACAGGCCCCGCCCCCUCUUCUCUUCCCCCUUCUCCUUCCUUGGGGGAAGGGGAAGGGGAAGGGGAAGGUGGAAGCCUCGUUUUCUCUGAUUCUCGAUUAUCCAGGCAGGCAUCUUUGGGGUGGGGUUGGGGGGCCCCUUUCCCCGUCCGUGUGUCUCGCGUUCCCUGGAUCUCGUCCUUCCCUCUCCCUAACCCUUUAUUCCGGGAAUUGGGAUGAAGGCAGAGAAGGAACCCAGGUGUCUCCUCCCUGCCCCGUUCCCGGUCUUCCCUGCGGGCUCCGUUUUUAUUUGUUUUCUUUUUUUUUCCGUUCUGUUCUGGGUUUUUUUUGUUUGUUUGUUUUGUUUUGUUUCGUUUCGUUCGUUUAUUAUUAUUAUUAUUUUUUUUGCAUGGGAGAAUCCGCCGGGGCAAGGGCUGGGCAAGGGGUGAACCCCCUCCCAACUGCCCCACCUCAGAUGUCAGUGAUCUUGGUGAAAGAAAACUGUUUCAAAGA